AUGUCGUCAUCUGUGCGGAACUCGCCAGGUGUGACUACCUUGGCCGAAGCUGCUGGAAACAAGAGAGGAGCUUCAACAGCCUCGCAAAAUAUUCCACUGCUUGUUCGAGACAAAGUGAGCGAGCGUGCGAAGCAUACAUUAGAUCUUGUUGAGAAAUUUGUCGAAGAGGAAUGCAUCCCGGCAGAUCCGGUAUUUCUUGCACAGAUUGGCCAAGGAGACCAGCGGUGGAGCAGGCAUCCUCGCGUCAUUGAUGACUUGAAAGCCAGGGCCAAAGAAGUAGGGCUCUGGAACAUGUUUUUACCUAAAAAUCAUUACAAAGAAGGUGCGGGUUUUACGAACCUCGAAUACGGUCUGAUGGCGGAAUAUAUGGGCAAAUCGAGAGUUGCAUCUGAGGUGAGUUAUGCGCAAGCCUGCUUUAAAGUUGCGCAUUCAUCUGUCGAUGCUGUCGAAACCGAAAAAACACAGGGGUUUCGAGAUUAUAGCUUCUUCGACACUGAUAACUAUCUCUCUCCAAAGGCAAUGAAUUGCGCAGCUCCCGAUACCGGUAAUAUGGAAGUUCUCGCGAAAUAUGGAAAUGACGCCCAGCAAGAACAAUGGUUAAAACCAUUGCUGAACGGUGACAUUCGGUCCGCAUUUCUCAUGACAGAACCAGGCGUUGCAUCAAGCGAUGCAACAAAUAUCACCUUGGGAAUGAAAAAAGAAGGAAACGAUUAUAUUAUAAAUGGUUCAAAAUGGUGGAGCAGCGGAGCAGGAGAUCCUCGAUGCAUGGUUUACAUUGUCAUGGGAAAGACCGACCCAACAAACCAAAACGUCCACAAACAGCAGUCUGUACUUAUUGUUCCCGCAAAUACCAAAGGUAUCACUGUCGAGAGAAUGAUGUCAGUCUAUGGCUAUGAUGAUGCGCCGCACGGGCAUGGUCAUAUAAUUUUCAACAACGUCCGGGUACCAGCCGCAAAUCUUGUGCUAGGUGAAGGUCGAGGAUUUGAGAUCAUUCAGGGCCGCUUGGGACCCGGAAGGAUUCAUCACGCAAUGAGAUCAAUUGGCGCAGCCGAAAAGGCACUUGAGUGGAUGCUGGCUCGUGUCAAUGACUCCAGCAGAAAAACGUUUGGGAAGCAGCUCAACGAGCAUGGCGUCAUAUUGGAAUGGAUUGCAAAAUCGCGUCUCGAGAUAGAUGCAGCUCGUCUCAUCGUUCUUAAUGCAGCCGCCAAGAUUGACGAAUCUGAUGCUAAAAGUGCUCUCAAGGAGAUUGCUGAGGCUAAGGUUUUGGCUCCUCAGGUGGCCUUGACAGUGAUUGAUCGAGCCGUGCAAUGCUUUGGUGCAGCAGGUGUUUCUCAGGACACCCCAUUAGCCAGCAUGUGGGCCCAAACAAGAACACUGAGGAUAGCUGACGGCCCAGACGAGGUCCAUUUGCAACAGAUGGGACGAAGCGAAGAUAAAUACGGUGAAGUCAUUGCGGAGCGGCUCCGGAAGCAAAAGCAAGUGACUGAAAAGUUAUUCCAGCAUUAUGGCUUGUCACUCAAAUCGAAUUUGUAG